AUGAGCUUGUCUGCGAGCAAGAAGGCGUCGUCGCUGGUGGUGGCGACGAGCAUGGCGGCCGUGGAGGCGCUCAAGGACCAGGCGGGGCUGUGCCGCUGGGACUACGCGCUCCGAUCGCUCUACCAGCGCGGCCGCCGCGCCGUCCCCGUCUCCCUCUCUUCUUCCACCUCCCAGGCGGCGAGCAACGGAGCAGCCGGCGCCGGCGUCGCCAGGGCUGCGCGGCCCGGGCGGUCCGAGGAGGAGAAGCUGCACAAGGCGUAUCACAUCGUCUGCUGGGGGCCCAACUGA